AUGGCCUUCCACAACCCCUCACCAGAGGCUUUCGCCGCAAGUACUAGCAUCAGAUUCGCUCCCACCGCUGCCCCCGACUCCCAGGUCACCAGCCGUUGCUCAUUUCGACAGAACCAGCACUCACGACAACCAGAUCAGUUUCGACGAUCCCGUGCUCUUUCCGUCUCAGCGAGCGCAGCCGUCCCCGCGCACUCUCCCUAAUCAGCUGCAACAGUCGCAGCAACAAUCACGCCCCGCUCACCUCCCGCAACCGCGCAGAGUAAGCGAGAUUGUUCACGGUCUCGGAUACCCUACAACGACGUCUUCGUUCAACCAUCGGCAAGUCUCAACCUCGUAUCAGUUCACUCCAAGUCAGCCCCAGGAUAGUUCCAUUCUCACCCCCGAAUCAAGGCAAAAUUCUCAGCAGCAGCAACAACAGCCUAUUCUUGACCCCACCACCGCUGCCCAUUACUUUCUGCGCCAAUCACAGGAAUCCUCAGCACGAGCGUACAAAAUGAAGCAGGGUAUUUCUUCCUCUCCUUUCCCACCCUUCCCCUUCCCCUCCUCGCUCCCCUCUUCACCUCCCAUGAAUCCGGACAUGUCGUGGUUCCAGAAAUCCUAUCGUCGCCCCCAUGCCACUUGUAGAAAAUCGCUUAACUUUUACAUCCUAGAGCAAAAUAUUAAAACGAUCGAUCCUGACACAGCCUUCGAGGAGUGGUUCUCAUCUGACUUCUCACCGCUUACUGGAGUUCACGAUACCUCCUCUCCAUCGGUUGGCCCGACCAUCUCUCCCCAGGAGCUUCUCAUGAAUCCUCCCACUUCUACCGCUACCACGAAUCUUGCGUCCCCCCUGUCUCUCUUUGAUUCCCCUUCUGAGAGCUAUGAAACAUCUCCACUCUUCAAUGGCGAUGACGUUUCGUCCGACAGCCAAUGGUUCUCGUUAUUUCCUGAGACGAAUCCUGAUCCUGAGGAUCCUGUUGUUUCUCCCCCCAUGCCCAACGUCCCCCAAUCGGAUGCCCUUGUUGGCGACCUAGUCGGACGUCUCGACGAAGAGCGUGUUGAGGGUCUUGACUCCCCUAGCACCUCCCCCCGCUAUCGCAGCCAAAGCUUAUCCACACAGCGACGAUCGACAACAGCUGGUGUUCGUAAGCGGGCACCUUUGCCACCCAUUGUUGUCGAAGAUCCGAGUGAUACGGUUGCUAUGAAGCGAGCGCGGAAUACCCUCGCAGCUCGGAAGUCACGAGCUAAAAAGCUGGAGCGAAUGGAGGAGAUGGAAGCGCAGAUUGAGGAACUUAAGGCUGAGGUGGAACUGUGGAAAGACCGAGCUCUUGGCCACCACCGCCGGGUCUGA